AUGAGGCAUGAGCUGCUCCGAGUUCUGCUCAAUCGCGAACCCGACUGCUCGCACGAAGGACAAACAUUCAAGUUCGGAGAUCUGGUGCCCUCCCCUGAUCCCUGCAAAUACUGCCGGUGUAUCUACGGCGAAGUUCUCUGCGCCGAGAAGAGGGUACAACAGGAACGCCUACGGUGCCAACAACUCCAACUGAAACGAGAGAAACGUCAGAAACAACAACAGGCCCGUACCCCUUCGGUCGAAACAGCCGAAACAAAAGAGAGCACCACUUCGAUAACAACACCACAGGGAACGGAAGGCACCACUGCUAUGGCAACGACACCAUCAGUACCAGCAAGCUCUACUGAAGGGGCAGUAACGGAAGAAGCUACUACACCUCUGUCAACCGGAGAGCCUGUGACGACUCCAGCUGUGACGCAAGAAACAAGUGAAGCUACCACGUCACCGACAACUGCCCUGCCUUCCGAAACUACAUCAGCAGGAACUGAGGAAACAAAAGAGGCAACAACAGCCAUAUCGACCGAAACGCCAGGAUCAACAACUCCAUCCGUCACCAGUGAGCCGAAGGAAGCUUCUUCUCCGCCUUAUAAGGCGUUGGAUAUGACUACCCUUGCCGUGACCGAAGAAACCACGAUAGCUUCAACGGAACCAUCAGCUAAGACCACCGAGGUUACUACUUCUUCAGAGGUUACUACUUCGCCGGGGGCAUCAACGGAAGGAGCUACUCCUGAGGUGACCAGCAAAGAAGCAACUACUCCUACAGGAGAAACGACAACUUCUGGAAUUACAACACCCGAGGUGACUACUCCAACAGGAGAAGUGACAACAGCCGGAGUUACAACUCCUGGAGUUACAACGCCCGAGGUGACUACUCCAACAGGAGAAGUGACAACAGCUGGAGUUACAACUCCUGGAGUUACAACGCCCGAGGUGACUACUCCAACAGGAGAAGUGACAACAGCUGGAGUUACAACUCCUGGAGUUACAACGCCCGAGGUGACUAGUCCAACAGGAGAAGUGACGACAGCUGGAGUUACAACUCCUGGAGUUACAACGCCCGAGGUGACUACUCCAACAGGAGAAGUGACAACAGCUGGAGUUACAACUCCUGGAGUUACAACGCCCGAGGUGACUACUCCAACAGGAGAAGUGACGACAGCUGGAGUUACAACUCCUGGAGUUACAACGCCCGAGGUGACUACUCCAACAGGAGAAGUUACCACAGCUGGAAUUACAACGCCCGAAAUGACUACCCCAACAGGAGAAGUGACGACGCCUGGAGUUACAGCUCCUGAGGUAACUACUCCAACAGAAGUGACAACUCCCGAGGUUACUGCCCCUACAGGAGAAGUGACAACUCUUGGAGUUACAACGCCCGAGGUGACUACUUCAACAGGAGAAGUAACAACUAUUGGAGUUACAACGCCCGAGGUGACUACUUCAACAGGGGAAACUUCAGGAGUGACGACACCUGAAGUAACAACUCCUGGAGUGACAACUCCAUCAGUUACUACAUAUGAGGUGACCUCUCCAUCCAUUGCAACAUCUGCAGAGACAACUUCAGAAGGAACUUCACCUGCAGCUACAAGUCCUGGAGCCACAUCUACUGAAGCGACAACUCCAGAAGUAACAACUCCUGCAGGAACAACCCCUGCCGUUUCAACUGCUGAAGGACCGACGUCUGAGGUAACGACUCAUGGAGGAACAACUCCAGAGGUCACAACUCCCACAAUAAUAACUUCUUCAGAAACAACCUCUGAGAUAUCGACUUCAGAAGUAACGACCCCUGAAGGAGCGACCUCACAAGUGACAACUUCCGAAGUAACAACGCCGGGGGCGACAACUCCAGCAGUUACAACUCCAAUAACAACACCUGCCAUAUCAACACCCGAAGUAACGACUCCUGAAGGAGUGACGUCUUCAGUAACGACUCCAGAAGGAGUAACUCCUGAAGUAACAACCCCUGCUGGAACUACUCUGGAAGUGUCCACUCCAGAAGCAGCUAGCACUCCUGAAGGAAGUACUCCAGUAACUCAAGCAUCUGCCACUACUCCAGAAGUAACUACGCCAGAAGCUACAUCCCCAUUAGUAAGCACGCCUGAAGCAACAACUCCACCAGUAACUGGAACCACAAUAGAAAGUAGUACAGUCACUCCAUAUGCAGCUUCUGAGACAACAGCAGAGGGAACAGAAAUAACAAAAGAAGUAUCCACACCAUCCGCAACUAUGGCCACUGAACCAAGUACUCCUUCAGAGACAAAGGUGUCCGAAGAAGUUACCACGCCAUUGUCAACAACUUCUGGUAAACCAGAAGUAACGGAUGAAACUAAACCAACCACUGUACCUUCAUCGACACCAGAAGCAACAACCGCCAGUUUGAUUACCACAGCAGUUACUGAGGCCGAAGAACUCACCACUCCUCCAUCCACAAAAAUUUCGGAAAUGACAACUCCAGCCGAAGCAACAACUAAGGAAAUCACUACCGUACCAACAACGAAGGCAGAUAUGACAACACCAGAAACAACGGAGGGAACAACCGAAGUUCCCACUGCUUCGUCCACGGAAACCCACGCCACGACAUCAGCUGAAACGGAAGAGACAAAAGAAACAACAGUGGCUUCGACGCCGGUCACUUCCGAAGCCACAUCUCCUACAGGAACUGAGCCCACAGCGUCGUCAGCCACAACGCCCUCUGAAGCAACAACUCCUUCGGCACCAACCACGAUAGAGGAGGCUACUACGAUUCCGUCUACGAAGGUUACGGAAAUUUCAACUCCCGUGGAGACGGCUGAAACGACAGAAGCUACACCAGCAACUAGCACAACGACCUCGGAAGCUACAACAUCAGCAGAAACUACAUCACCAGGGGUUACAAAAGAAACGGAAGUUCCUACAACUGUUUCAUCUACCGAGCCAACAGAAGGAGCCGAUGCAAGAAAAGCGCCUACCAAGACUCCUGCGGUAACCGAGCUAACAUCGGAGGGAACUACAGUCCCAUCCACUAUGGGUCCUGAAGUAACCUCGACAUUAGAAACCGCAGAAACAAGUCCAGCCACAACAGGUCCGUCAACUAUGGGCACUGAGGCGUCUACAUCCACUGAGAAGGCUGAAACCACAGAAGCUUCUUCGCCGGCAACAGCAACUCCGGGAGUCACCACGCCAGCGGUUAGUGCCCCAACGACUGAGGCUCCAGAGGUCACAAGUGAAUACCCGUCAGGGUGCGAUAUCAACGGCACCAUGUACGCUGAUGGAGAACAUGUUCCGGACGACAAUCCUUGCUUGUUCUGUAAUUGCUUGGAAGGAGAGGCUAUCUGUGCUGAAAGAGUCUGCCAGGCUCCUGAUGGUGAUUGCAAGCCUCUCCCCAAACAGCCUGGGCAAUGCUGCGAGGAAUACGACUGCGGAUGCGACGUGAAAGGAACUAAAAUCGAAGAGGGUGAAGUCAUCCAGACAGCGGACCCCUGUAAGUUCUGCAAAUGUGCCUAUGGGGAAAUGGUCUGCGCAGAGCGUAUAUGCGACAUUCCACAACCUGACUGCGUGCCUGUUGGGAAGAAGCCCGAGCAAUGCUGCGCUGAAGCCUACAAGUGCCGUGAGUACCAGUUGUGA